AUGCGCUGCCACAGAGGCUUCUGGGUCUACGCAGGUGACAAAGGCACCGACAUCUCGGACAGCGCUCCACGCUUUCCGCAGGAGCAAGCCUCUCAAGCGGGCCAGGUGGCUCCGAAGAAGCGCUGGGAGGGGGAGACAGCGGAGAUUCGGCAGGACUACAUACUGAAAAACCCUGACUCUACCUUUUCGCUGGACGACAACCCGCUGGACUUCGCGGAUGGCCGGCAGGAUCGCCGGCGCUACCCUCGAAUGGUGCGAGCCGACAUCGCUACGCCUGUGGUACUACAGGAAGAGGCUCCGGCAGCACCAGAGGCGGAUGGUGCGCUUCAUGAGACGCCGACUAGCGCGGCUGCCGCUAACUCAGCGCUGAGCAACUACGUGCGUGAUACCAUUCAAGUUAACCCAGACUUCAAGGCCAUGCACGCGGGCAAGGAAAACUACACGACCCGCAGCAUCAAUAACUUGCAGGAGUUAUAUUGGCUAGGAAAAGGAUGCUUCGACUACAUCUACUACGGUGUGCCAGGCAGGGGCGUCUGUCGAGAGACUCAAUGGAUUGGUUGCUGA